AUGAAUGAUGACAUUUUCCCGUUAUCCAUUGGCCCUUGGCUUGUGCGAGUAGUGCUGUGUAAUUUAAAAACACAUUCAGAUAAAUACCUCAGAUCGGAGACACUGUGGAGAUGGGGUCGACUGGGGGAGGCUUGGCCAUGAUUUGCGCCUCCGGCGUAAGCGCAUUUUGCCGGGUUUUUGGUUGGUGCAUGGGGCAGGUGUGACUUUCUGUUGAGGUUGUUUUACAUCGAUGCGCCUUUAUAGCUGCGUAGAUGAAGUGUUUGGCAUAUCAUGAUCAUGGCGUGGAAACAGCUAUGUUAAUGUUGGUGUUUUCGUGUUGUAGCCCAACAUGGUAACCUGCAUAUAAAAGAAGGCUACAGCGUACAUAGGCAGCCGCGGGGUCGGGCGAGUGACUGGCAGCGAUUCUGUCAGCUGCACAUCACCAACUCUUUUGAAAUGGACAAACCAAACAGCUUGGAGACACUUGACAGGAGGAUGGUUGGCCAUACACUCCAUCAACACGAGAAUAAUAAUAGUGUGCCACCCAAUGCUGCGACGCUAGUAGCCCUACCACCGGAGAUUCUCGCUGCAAUCACCAACCAUCUCUUUUGGGCAUCGGAUAUCUCCCAUCUCAUGCUUGCCUGCAAAAGAUUCGCAGAACUGCUUACUCCUGCACUGUACCGUGCCGAUGCGAUAGCGUGUGUCUCUAUCGACUAUGCACUCGAAACCAACAACACUGAGCUCUUGCGCACGGCGCUCAACACUAAACGCCUUCUGCCGCGGAAGAAACACUUAUUAGCUGCGAUUAAGAGUGGAAAAUUGGACGCAGUUGCGUUGUUGAUGGCUGAACAAACUAUCAACGAAGAAUUAGACUUGGAAUUCAUUCGCUGGCCUAGUAAAUGUAUUGUGGAUGCUCUGACUAGUAACAACUUGGCCGCGAUGAAGCUCCUCUAUCGACAUGCCAAGAAACGGCCAUACCCAAUAACGCCCUCGAAAACUAGCAUCAUAUUUAUAGCCAUAGAGGCCGGUAAUAUGGAUGCGGUUCAGCUUUUUGUCGACGAGGGAGAGGACGCUAUGAGCCUUGACGCUGCUGGACAGACUACACUUGACGCCGCCCUGUAUAAUUUUCAACUGGAUAUUGCGCAAUAUCUAAUCACCCUCGGCGUGCCCCAUACCUUAGAUACCGCUGAUGAAUCACAUGGAAUUUACAAAUUUGUGCGGCACUCGGCUAAUCACCGACGCUUCGAUGCGAUUGCAUUUGUCAAUGACCAUUGGCCCAUCGACUAUGUAUCAAUCAAUGCCGCGCUUGAAGACACGUUGCUGCACAGCGCAAGCGUUUGCGGGAAUGCAACCUUUAUAAACCAUCUUAUUGACUUGGGUAUCGAUAUUGCAGCGGAGCUUAAUCGCCAAGAGAUGAUCCCGUUGCGCACAGCAUUAGACAGUGGUCACAUCGAAACAGCAAAGCUUCUACUCAACGCAGUGAUAGAUGAAUGGCCUCCUGAUAUUGACAAAGCCAUAUAUCUUUACUAUGCUAUUGAAACAGGGAGCUCUGAUUUAGUACGAGUGUUGCUUGACCACGGCGUUGACCCCAAUACCAAGGACCACCGCGGAAACACCGCCAUCAUGUAUGCUGCAAAACGUGGACAUGUAGACUGCUUUCAUCUAUUGGUCAAGCGUGGCGCAGACCUGAAACAACGAGGUUACAAUGAGCAGACAUUGUUAAUGACAACCACAUCUCCAACGAUUGCGAGGUGGCUCAUUGAUAACUGCGCUGAUCCACUCGCCAGAGACUCAGAAGGCGUUACAGCUUUACAACUAGCAUGUGAGCAUGGCAAUUAUGAGAUGGUUACUUUGCUGCUUCCUCUUAUACAAUCCGCAGGGCAAAGCGACCUUUAUCUUCCUGCGGCGCUUCUUGUCUCCGCUGCCAAGAGCUCCAACUUUGCCAUCACGCAGGCUAUAGCAGCACUUCCCACCACUGACUCUGAGAGUAGCCGGACAGACGCAUUUAUGGAAUCUUUACUUCGCGAGAGCUUUGAUUCCGCCGAGUUCCUAUACAAUCUUGGAAUAUCCGUCGACUUUCUUAACUCUGCUGGCCAAUCGCCUCUCUACUUUGCAGCGUCGUGCAAAGCACCAGAGCACCUUAUUAUUGGAAUGCUUGAGAGGGGUGCUGACCCUAAUUAUAAUCAACCGUCAUGUACAGUGGCUUCUCACAUAAUCUCGCCAUGGCUUGAAACAUGUAACUCUCCACAACCCAGUACAAAGAUUAUCAAAGCAUAUCUGGAUCAUGGCGCAGAUAUACACGCAAAGAAAGAUGGUUGUUCUGUUCUCCAUAUGCUAGCAUCCACACUGUCAAUUGAGGCACUCAAAGUCAUAUUAGAGCAAGGAAUCUUGGAUAUCAAUGUCUUAUUUAUUGACCCCCGUCGUAAUGCAUGGACACCUCUUGACUAUGCGCUCAACAACGACUUGACGGAUGGAUCUACGGCGCGCAUGAAUCUGCAAACCAUUCGAUUGCUCAUAUAA